CAACUGACUCUGAAACCAUCGGCUGUUUGUGUCUGAGAUUUUAUUCAACACAGGAAGGAGGAAACUCUGUAAAUCGGCUUCACAAGUGAAACAAGAUGAACCUCUCCAAUGACUCUACUGCUCCAGCCUAUGAAUAUUAUGAUACCUACAUUGAUUAUGAACCGUGCCCUUUCAGUGACAACAGUGUGAACGUUGUGGUUGGUCCUUACAUUCACUCCAUCAUCUGCAUCCUGGGCUUGGUGGGGAACAGCCUGGUCAUCCUCACCUAUGCCCUCUACAAGAGAACCAAAUCCAUGACUGACGUCUACCUGCUCAAUGUGGCCAUCGCUGACCUGCUGUUCGUGCUGGCUCUACCUUUCAUCGUCUACAACGAGCUGUACUCUUGGCCGAUGGGGCAGGUGGCCUGUAAGCUGCUGCGUGGUUCCUACAGCGUCAACCUGUACAGCGGCAUGCUAAUGUUAGCCUGCAUCAGCACCGACCGCUACAUCGCCAUCGUCCAGGCUCGUCGGAGCUUCAGGUUACGCUCGCUGUCACACAGUCGCAUCAUCUGUGCCCUGAUCUGGAUGUUUGCCUUAAUGGUGUCUGUUCCCACUUUCCACUUCUACCAUUGGUACGAACCAUCACAUAAUGACAUCGUCUGGUUCAACGGCACCGAAGAGGAAGAGACAACAGAUCCACAGUACGUCUGUGAGUGGAAAUUUGGUGACAUUGACACUGCUAGAAUAGUGAAGGUUGGUGUUCCCAGCACCCAACUGGCCAUUGGCUUCUUCCUGCCGCUGCUCAUCAUGAUCUUCUGCUACACCGCAGUCAUCAUCACCCUGCAGAAAGCCAGAAACUUCCAGCGACACAAAGCGGUCCGAGUGGUGAUGGUGGUGGUGCUGGUCUUCAUCGCCUGCCACUUGCCUUACAACCUGGCCCUGUUGUAUGAGACUGUCCGUUUGUUCAAACACACUGAUUGUGAUGAGCAGGACUCCCUGCAUACGGCGAUGUCUGUGCUGCAGACCGUCGCCUACCUGCACUGCUGCCUGAACCCGCUGCUGUACGCCUUCAUCGGAGUGAAGUUCAGGAGCCACUUCAGGAGGAUCUUCCAGGAUCUCUGCUGUUUGGGAAAGAGGUACAUCGCCCCGCGCCGCCUCCCUAUUGAUGGGACCAAUGAAGACGGUACGUCUUUUAGCAUGUGAAGCUAAUAGUGUCAGGAGCUCUGAUUGAGAUCUUCAGGUCUCCAAAGCAAAAUCUGACCACAAAGGGAAGAUAUUAGAAAGUAUUUAAAAGAAAAAUCUAAACAUUACAAACUGCUGAGGCUUCUUUGUGUUGAUUGUUGCUUAGUUUCCAUAAGAAUCUUGGCUGCUGAUGAACAUGUGAACUGCAUGAGGCGUGAAGGAAAAUCAUCUCUGUUUUGAAUACAUUUGGACAAGACAUCAAAAUUUCAACAUAUUUUUGGACUGAUCCAAAAGUACCGGAAGAUGUUUCUGAUAGUUCAGAGUUUUUAGAGGAAGUGCCCACCACCCUCUGAAAAGGAAAUAUUACACCGUUUAUGUACACUGCCUGUUUUAGUAUAAUACUUUAUCUAGAUGGCUCCAAAGCGCUUCACACUAGAUUCACCCAUUCACACACACAUUCACACACGGAUGGCGGGGAGCUACUACAUCGUAGCCUGAACUGCCCUGAGGCAAUUUAACCAAAUAAAUCCUGCAGGUUUUACCUGGAAACCCAAUAAAUGAGUCAUGAUCCUCUGUAGUCAGAUUCACAGCCUUAAACUAAGAAUUUGUUGAAGCACUUUUAAUUAAAUUUCACUUUCCAGGUAGGAGUCUAUCUGUAUCUUAACCUUUCAAAAGUUCUACAAAUCUUCUCAUCUAUUUUCUUAAUUUUGAUGAUGGCAUUUGACAAAAAUUCAUGCUAAUUGCUGUUUGGUUAUUUUUUUGGUUAUUGCAUUAUGUUUUUAUGGUGUGAAGCACUUGAACCAUCUUGCAGUAAUCAAUUAAGCUGAAGAUAAAAGGAUGGGUAAGCUUCUCAAGAUCUUUUUGUGUUCAUUAGUCCUUUAAUGCUAUUAAUUUUAUUUUUAAAGCAUGUUGCCGCAAAGUGAUUAAUAACUAUAAGGAGAUAAAAAUCAAUACUGAUGGAAAAAGUAAUUUAAUAAAGAAACACCAAGAAAAUCCUCCCUGGAAAUGUUCUGCAGGUGACAGAAGGCUGGUUUUGUAAUUGUCUUUAUGUGUCUCUACAGGUUCAGGUCACUAAACCUGUCUAACUGUUGAAGCAGCUUUUUAAAUGAUUCUGCUGAUGAAUGAAAGGUUGGAAGGUUUACCUUAAAGCAUUUUGUCUAGAUUGUUUUUUCAGCAUUGGGUUUGUCACUGCAGUGUAAAGUUAAUUGUUUUUGUUUGUUUGUUUGUUUUUCAUGUCAAACAUUUUGAAUUGCUUUGUUGAUAAAAUGUGAUGUACAAAUCUUUUUCCUUUUCUUUCAUAAUUGUACUUUUUAUAUUGUGGAAUCAAUUCUUAUUGUCUGAGAUAUAUGUAUCAUUAAACCCUGAUUAUUUCUGAUCAGUUGAUUUGAAUAAUGUUCUCAUAUUAACCUGUUUUUAUGUGUUCAUGAGUUGCUUUGACAGAGCUCCAAGUUCUGUUUCCUGUCACUACCAUUAUGUUUGUGCAUGUAGUUCCGCAGUUGUCCACUGGGGGGUGAGAAUGAGUUGAUUUACUUUUAAGUUGUUCUGAAGAAGUUGGACCUUUAGUUAGUGAUAAAGAGCGCAGCUGAAGAUGAGUUGGGGACAAAAUGCAGCAGAAUGAAGCAGAAAUAUUAAUGAAAUAAAACAUUGAGAAUUUUAUCUUUGACUUCUUGGAGCUUUGCAUCACAUUAUAAUUUAGUGUGAAGCACUUUGAAAUGCCUUGCUGCUGAAAUAUGCUAUUUAAAUAAAAUUUGAUUUGAUUAAAAACAAA